AUGUACGGCGCAGUCUGCUCUAGUACGAGCUGUAGCAGUUCACGCAAUGAGCUGACACCGCCGCCUUCCACACCGUCACCAUUCCGAUAUCAAGUACGUGAGGGUGACACACUCGCGAGCAUCGCACUCAAGACUCAGACAACAGAGGCAGCACUGCUGGCGCUCAAUCCGCUAUUGGGUCGCAAGACGCGGCACGUAAAGCUCUACCCGGGUCAGCAGAUUAUCGCAGAGGAAGCAAUUGAUGUCUCGCUUCCACCACCACCCGAUUACAUCGAUAAUGGAUGGGGACAAAUGCACUUAGUGAGCGCCGGUGAGACGCUGCGUCACAUUGCAGCGCUUUACAACACGACGGAGGAGAUUUUGCGCCAGGACAACCGCCGCUAUUUCCCCACAGGCGAACGUGGUUUGUUGUGCCCCGGUCAGCUGUUGCAUGUGCGUUUAAUAAAUACGGGUGAGAUGGAGAAAGAUGAUCCUACAACAAGCGGAGAUGCGGACGCCAAGGCCUUGUCGUUAAGUAGCAUGAGCGAAGAGGAGGCCACAUACACAGGCACGUCGGCCGCUUUUGCACGAUACAAGACACACCUAGUCGCUCCAGAAGACACAUUUGAGUCCAUUUGCAAGACUUUCAACAUUCCGUAUUCCUACUUCUUACAAAUUAAUCGUGGCCGUUACCCCGUUGGCAAACGUGCAGAGCUCGUGCCAGGUGAGCGCGUCGUUGUACCGGAUCGUGUUGCAGCGCAUCAAGCGGCCUAUCGACGCAACAUUGCCGAGAUCAAGCUCACCAAGCAAAUCCAUGUCGUGGAACCGGGUGAUACUCCCGAGGACGUGGCCAAGCGCUAUGGAAUGACAUAUGACGAAAUACGCGAAUACAAUCGCGCUUACUUUCCAAAAGGAUAUCGUGGUGAGAUCCGUCCUGGCUACAAGCUGGUGGUCAAGCGCCUAGAAAGCCCUAAAUCACCACAACAGCUACGGGGAGCUGCUAGUGCAUGA